AUGCGCAACGCCCUUUUCAGGGGGGGGAAGAAGAAAUACUACGCGGUCUGGGGCGGCCCGAAUCCUGGUGUGCACUAUACCGUCUGGGAUGUCGCGCGGAAAUGGAUAGAGAGGCAUAGCGUGAUGCAACGCUCUUUCAAAGAUGCUGGGUCAGCAUGGCAAUACUAUCAAGGAGAGAAGAGAUCUGGUUUGGCAAAUGUACGCCCACAGACUCAUGCCGCUCCGCAAGCCCCUCGGGGGCCCUCCAUUGUUCAACGAUCAGACCAGUUCCCAGUACGCCCACAGACCCAUGCCGCUCCGCAAGCCCCUCGGGGACCCUCCAAUGUCCAACGAGCAGACCAGUCCCCGUAUCCCCGCCCACCGCAGCCUCCGCCAUCGAGCACAGUACCGGAUCCCGAGGCCGAUGUCAUACCGCUGGAUCACGACAUUCUCACCACCGCAAGAGAGGUCGCCGCGGCUCUGAUGCGUCGACUCGGUAUGCUUGAAGCAUCGCCGGAGUCGUCCAACCCACAAUCCCACAGGGACUCCGCCCCGUCCCCCUCCAUGCCCAGCCUCGCACCCCCGCGGGAACCUCCUUUGUCCCCCGAACAAGCUAAGCUGGUCGAUCUCAUCGUCAAGGAAAGGAAGAAUGUCUUCUAUACUGGGUCAGCAGGUGUCGGAAAAUCGAGGGUCUUGAAAGCGUUCAGGCAACGUCUCUCUUCCAUGGGCUACAAAGUGAACGUUGUCGCCCCUACUGGGCGUGCUGCUUUGGACAUAAAUGGUUCGACUACGUGGUCGUAUGCUGGCUGGACACCAGAUAGCAUGAAGAAGCCGCUGAAGGACCUCCAGAACGAGGCUUGGAAGAACACGACCAAGAAGCGUCUACAAAAAGACAGACGUUCUUGUGAUUGA